AUGACACAUGUAAAUAUAAACAAUACACUCGAUUCAAAAAAUAGAAAUCCAUCAUCUAUUGACACAAAAAUUUUUGUGAUUCAAAAAUAUUUUCAAUUAUGGAGAGCACAACCAACUAUAACUAGUUGUUACGAUCAUGACAAAAAUGGAAUAAAAAGAGUUGACUGUUUAUUUGUUAAAGGAGGGCCAAAAUUCGUCAAAAAUCAAGCUGGAGAUGAUAAAAUGAUCAAAUUCAAUAUUACUUGUAAUUUUCCAAAAAAACUAGGUUUUGCACGGCCAACCAGAUCAAUUGGGUUGAAGGGUGGGGAUGGAGUGGUCAGACUGUACCCACAAUCAUUAGUAAAGCAAUUCGGACUUGCAACACAUCCGGAAUUUUUAUCUUCUGACAUAACUGCAGAGUUUAACUCCGAUCAAGAAUAUUGGUUUGAAGACGAUGUAACUCCAAUUACUCCAAAACAGACAGCAUUUGUACUAUUGACGACACACGAACUUAUGCAUGGCCUGGGAUUUUUGACAUUAUGGCGUCCAAAUUUUUCCGUCGAUAAUGCGAUAGAAUUGGUACCAUAUCCCAAUUACAUUGACGCUCCUACUCCUCCAGCAAUAAUAUUUAAUGGUUUUUAUGAGAGUAUAUUUGAUAGGUUUUUGAUAGUAUCAGAAAGUGGCACACCAUUAACCAGUUUCACAGCCGAAUUAAAUACUUUUGCAACAAUAGGCACACAAUUUGACUCACUUGAUGAUUUUUAUGCCAAGUUUAAAGCGUCUCCUCAGUAUGCAAAAGCGACUGAGAUGUUAAAAUAUAGCACAACACCUUUAUCAUUGGCUUUCUUAACAAAAGGCUUGGAUUUUAAAACAAUUGUACCAGAUAAAACUGCUAAUGAUUCAUUGUAUUAUUUGGAAACCAGUCUAGUACCUUACAUAUCAGGAUCAAGCGGUACUCACGUGAGUCUAGAUUUGUAUGAAAAAACGAGUGAGUUCAUAAUGGUUUAUCUGAUAAAUCCAGGAAGAGGAGUGAAGGAUGCAAUCAAAGAUGGUGGCAAUUAUGUUGGGGGAGCAAUUGGACCUAAACUUAAGUCUGCUUUUGAAUCAAUGGGCUACACGACUGCAGAUAAUCUAACUCCGGAAAUUCCGACUGUGCCUGAUGUGCCAGUAAUCUUGUAA